GGCGGCCGCGCCCCUGCCGGAGGCGGCUUCUCCUGUGAGCGGGCUGGGGGAACGCCUGCGCUUGCCUGGAGAAGGGCGCUUCACGGCCCGGGCCUCCCCGCGUCCUUGCGGUGACCGGCCCUCUGCGGCGUGCGCACGCGCAGAACUGUUCUCCCAGGGGGCUGGGCUCAGUUUCCCCGGGCGGGUGGUUUGCUCUGUGGUCGUCGUAUCUACCGUCCUGCCCUGUGUAAUGUGGAUGCCAGACUCUGGAACUCGAGUUAGGGCAGAAUGCAGAAGCCAUCCUGGAGAGGUGGAAGCUUAUUGUGGGGCAUGAAGGAUGGCAGCGCGCCGUGCGUUAAAAGCUGUUUUGGUGGAUCUCAAUGGCACACUUCACAUUGAAGAUGCAGCUGUGCCAGGCGCACAGGAAGCUCUUAAAAGGUUGCGGGCCACUUCCGUGAUGGUUCGGUUUGUGACCAAUACAACCAAAGAGAGCAAGAAAGACCUACUGGAGAGACUGAAAAAAUUGGAGUUUGAGAUCUCCGAAGAUGAAAUAUUUACUUCCCUGACAGCAGCCCGAAACUUAAUAGAGCAGAAGCAAGUCAGGCCCAUGCUCCUGGUUGAUGACCGUGCACUGCCUGAUUUCACAGGAGUUCAAACCCAGGACCCCAACGCUGUGGUCAUAGGACUGGCACCAGAGCAUUUUCAUUACCAGCUUCUGAACCAAGCAUUCCGGCUACUCCUGGAUGGAGCCCCUCUGAUAGCUAUCCACAAGGCCAGGUACUACAAGAGAAAAGAUGGCUUAGCCUUGGGACCAGGACCAUUUGUGACAGCCUUAGAGUAUGCCACAGACACGAAAGCCAUGGUGGUGGGGAAACCAGAGAAGACAUUCUUUCUGGAAGCCUUGAGGGAUGCUGACUGUGCACCGGAGGAGGCCGUCAUGAUAGGAGAUGAUUGCAGGGAUGAUGUUGAUGGGGCUCAGAACAUUGGCAUGCUGGGCAUCUUAGUUAAAACCGGGAAAUACAAAGCAGCAGAUGAAGAAAAAAUUAAUCCACCUCCCUACUUAACUUGCGAGAGCUUCCCUCACGCUGUGGACCACAUUCUGCAGCACCUCCUGUGAACCAGCAUGUGUUGUCUGGACUGGGUGGAUCCCUUUCUAACAAGGGGGCAUCAGUAGGCUGCGCCAUCCAGUGCUGAUCCUAUUUAACCCUUUCAUUGUGCAUUAAUUAGAAAGAGGGGUAUUGAAUUGCAGCCAACCCUAAACCUUGCUAAUCUCUUUUGUUUUAUAAAAGAAGAUGGGACCUGAAGAAAGGGAGAGCUGAGAUUUUGUGCCAUUCCUGUUAAAAUAUUCGUCAGGUUCACUGGGCUGGAGGAGAAGCUCCUGUGGGCACAGAGGAGCCGUAAGCUCUCCAUUCCUCCGUGCUGGAAGUGAGAGAAUCCUCUGUGAGCAUGACUGACUCACACAGAGAUGCACUGAAAGGUGCAUUUGGCUGUCAUCAGGAUGCCAGAGUUGAGCCGUGAAGCUCUGCAGACAAGCCACAGAGAAGCAAGCUAGCAGCAGUGUGGCGAGCCCUUCAGCUGAGAUCCAGUGAAGUUGCUUUAACAGAUGUGGAAAGCCAGAUCUUCCACUGUAUUCCCAGCACAGAUGACUUUUUUUCUGUUCAUUAGCCAGAGAUGACUAAUUUAAAUUUAGAACCCGAAUUUAAUUUAAAAUAAUAUUUCCAUUAAUAACCUAUUCAUUGCAGAUACCUAUUAUACUGUGUAACAGUUGUUUUGGAAAUUUUAUGUAAAAUUAAAACUAUCAGUAUUUUACAGAUGUUUUAAUUAGACAUUGUUAUUAACAGGAACAGUGCAGAAACCAAAAUCAAGCCUUUAAUGUCUUAUAGACCGUGCAUUUUUGAAGUUAGUGUCCACCGGGGACCUAUUAACUGUACAUUUGCAAGAUUUCAUUAUUUUUGCCUCUGACACUAUGGGAGAAAUCUUUUAGGAACUAUUGGGACAGAUUCAGGCUUUUAUGUACUUCUUACUACAGUUGUAAAAUGAGAUCUCGUCUCGGUGCCUGGAUUAUUCUUCUCAUGUUAAACCCACCCAAAUGAAGGAGAUGAAGUAGGGAAUGACUCUCCUGCUGCAUUUGCAUGCUGUGCCAAUCCACGGCCGUGGCAAUUGUUUUACGGGGCUCUUGGGCACUGAAUUAUUAGGAUGUAAUUGUGCAUCAUCACAGUGCUCACCUUAUUGAGGCGCACACUAAUGUUAAUGAGCUUCAGGCUUUGAUGCUUGUUUAGAGAUCAGCUCCGUCUUAGGUGGAAGAGAACAAAGCUAGGGAAAUGGUGUCUUAGUGAGUGCUCUGUUCGUGGCUUUAUGAAUGCCCUAACUUCGUACUCACACAUUGGCAGGUGCCCAUGACAGUGUGACAUGACCAUAAAGUCGGAAUGACUGAAGGCAGAGCUCCGGUGCCCAGUGCUCUGACUGAGGGCACGUAAGUCAUCUCACCCCUUUCUAUGCAGUAUUGCUGUUGAACAUGGAAUGUAGGAACUGAAUACUAAAUACUUAGCCUAGACAACCUGAAAGGAGCAAGCUCGAUGAGGAUUGGUCUUGAAAAGCUGCAUUUGGAUGAAAGCUCAGCCUGAAGGACAGCACGCUGCUCGGAGCCUGGGGAAGGGGACACAUCCAUCUGCAGUCUGGGAUCUGGGAGCCAGGGUUCGUUGUUGAUUGCUCGGGAAUUAGCAGGUCCUCUGAAGCUGCCGCAUACUAAACUGCUGUGCAGCUCUGCUCAUUGCGGGAGGCUUCUGCCUCAGGGUUCUCUAGCUGAGGAGCUGAGGACACGGUGCUGAAGAUCACUAGGAAGACUGGAGUCCACCUCCUCUCUGCUGACUUCCCCACCUGCAGGACGGAACGAGGCGUCAUAGUGUCCUGCCCAGGUGGUCCUAAUAACAGUGCCCUCAAGAGGUCCCACAUCUCUUCACUGGACAAGAUCAAGUCUCACUCUUCUUAUGUCUGCUGCCACACAGGCAACUGAACCAAUGGAAAUGAACUAAAUAUCACUGGAAGUCAAUGCUAGGAGAGGAGACAUUUCAGUUUCAGUGUUCUGUCACAGAUGCUUAAAGCGAAAGCUCAUUAGAUAUUAGCCUACAGUAUUGCUGAUGCUCUGGAAACAGGACAGGGCUAAAGCAAGGAAGCUGGAGAUGGUCCAGGUGUAUCAUGCUCACAAGAUGGAAGACCUCAGCCAGGCAUCCAACCUGGAGCAGCAGCCGGCUCCAGUGUCCCGGAGAACCAUGGCAAUCUUAGUUCGAGGUAUUUCCUUAACAUAUUUAACAUACGUUAGGGCUUGGUAACUGGCCUGUCCACAGAGAGACCCAGGAGAAUAACUCAGAAGUUUAUCUUAGACUCGCUAGAAUCAGAAACACUCCAGUAACUCUCAGCUGGUUGGUCAUCUUGACCUCCUGGAGGAAAUGUGAUCCGAGUGUCUUUGGAGCUUCCUUUGUCAGCUGUCUUAGUUUCUUUUCUUGUUGCUGUGACAAAGUGCCUUGAUUAAAGACACUUGAGGGAGAGAUUCAUUUUAAAUUUUAGUUCACAGUACAAGUCCUUCAUGGUGGGGAAUUCAAGUCAGCAGGCGCAUGAAACAGCUGUCCAUCCCCACUGGGGAGGGCACCAUUCUCACUGCCUGGGGCCUUUCUCCAUUUCUGCAGUCCAGAGUCUCCACCAGGAAGUGGUGCCACCCAGAGCACACAACUGUCACCACCUCAGCAACAUAAAGAAAAUACCCCGUAAGGAGCCUAGAGUGAUUCUAGAUUAUUUCAGAACAGCACUAACCAUGGCACAGGCCACCCCAUGAUUAGAAGGUUGUGUUGAUAUGAAAGGCUGUAUCCACAUUGAUUUCACAAUUAACUGCUCCUGGGCCAGAAAAGGCACUAAAGACUUUGGGAGAAGGAAGGCCAGUGGGCACAAUGGGAAAUGAUGGGUAUCGGAAGCAGUGAACACUGUUGUAGAAUGUAGAGCCAACCUCCUGGUGGCCAGAUGUGCUUCCAUCACACCACACACACAGCUGCAGGUGGGUGCAGCUCUACCUGCCUGCCAUACCACAUCUGUCAGAGCCUAUCAUAGUGACAAGGCAUAGACAAGGGACCACCUUGUGUGAUGGCUCCACAAAUGUCCCCAGGUGUGAUGUCAGAUACCACCUUGGAAUGAUGGCGCUGUCAUUUCACCUUUAAUCGCACACUUCAAAACUCCAGUAUCCUGUAGGGUGGGGAAGGUGGAAACAUCCCUGUAUUUAUUAUGUUCAGUUAGCGUUGGAUCAAUGGCUCCAGUAACAUGAAAUUAAAGUCCUUAGGCACCUGCAAUAAAAAAAUUUUUUAAACUG